AUGCAGCAGGACAAGAUCAUUCUCAUCGUCUGCGUUGUCGGAGGUCUAGUCCUCCUCGGCAUCAUCAUGCUCUUCGUCCUCCUCUUCCUCCUCUCCUCCAGGCAUCGCAGGCUCAAGACCAUGUUCAGCGGAAGGACAGGACCUGCUCAGGUCUCUCAGCAUGCUUCCAAGACUCCGAGCAGAGACUUGGACACUCCCUCCAGUGCCAUGAAGAGCCAGGUAGUCGUCGACAGCGAUCUUCCUCCUCCAAUCAGCCCUGCCGAGCUCUUUCAGCGAUCGAGCUUGUUGCAGGACACGAAGAGCGUAGAGGCGCAUUCAUGGCUUCAGAGAGAGGAUGACAUGAAGCAACCGAUGGCGGAUCUUAGUGGCAGCCCUCAUAGAAGUGCCCUGCAAGCGACCGUCACCCCUUCUCCUCUCGCAGGAGAUUUGACCUCCUCCUCUAUCAGCACCAAGAACCACAUCGCCUCUGUCGGCCUCGUCUUGGGGCCUCCCAACUGCACGGUGAAGGGCAUCAUACCCAACUCUCCGGCUGACAUGAGCAAGAAGAUCGACGUCGGGGAUGCCAUCAUCUUCAUUGACAAACAGUAUGUCGAGUUCGACACCGCCAACGAAGUGCAGACAAGAUUGUUGGGGCAGCCGGGAACGAUCGUUGAGAUCGCCGUCAGAAAGCCGCUCCUGCUCCAGCCGCUCAACGACGAUUUCUCCCUCGUCGUCUGCUUCCUAGAGCGAUCCAUCCCCAGCAUCGUUCCUGGGGCUAAGGCUCUCCAGUACCCUUCUCCGUCUCCUCCUGCUCCUGCUCCUGUUCUUUCUCCUACUCCUGCUCCUGCUCCUGCUCCUGCUCCUGCUCCUGCUCCUGCUCCUGCUCCUGCUCCUGCUCCACCUUCACCCGCCUAUCCUCCUGCUCCUGUUCCUGCUUCUGCUCUCCCUACCUAUUCGCCUUUCUUUACUCAUGCACCAGCUCCUGUUCCCUCUCCUCCUUUCUUUGCUGCUCCAGCUCGCUCGCCUCUCCUCCCUCCUCUCUUGGGAGGAUCCGCCAACGCCGUUGGGUCUCAGCUGCAGCAGACGUUCGAGUCCGAGCAGGCGCAAGCGCACAGCACUGAGAUCCUGUCUCCCUCCGGAUUGACCUCCUCCUCCUUCCUCCCUCAGUUUCAUCUCAACAGUCCGGACGGCGACCUUCCUUCAUCCUCUCCCAUCAGACCCGCGAGACAGAAACGAACUUCAGCCCCCUCGCCUCCUCCCUCUGCCAGCCCUGAAAAACUCAUCGACGUCGAGAGGAGGGACCAUGACGGCAUGCUCCUAGGCACCGAGUCGGAGUACGACCUCUCCGGCAGCUCUGAGCGUUCAGCCUCUUCCGUCGACGAAGCUCAAGCGCAGGAGUCGCAUCAGGCCUCCCCCAGUCUCAAUGAAGAGGAGCACCUGCGAUUCUACGAGGACAAGACAAGACAGAUCAAACAAA